AUGCAGAUUUCGCCCUCCAUUCGCUUUCUGCAAGCUGCGAAUGCUCCCCUGAACCUUGUGAUAGCCGGAAACAAUGACUUCACUAUGGACAUUCCAAUUUUUCAGAAGAAGGUUGCCGAAGCUCAACCCUUAGAUCCUGAUCGAGUCCAACAGGCGUAUGGCAGCUAUGGAGAGGCGAGACGCCUAUUUGGCGAUGGGAAAGAGAAUGGCAUCGUUUUCCUGGAUGAAGAUCAUGGGCACGACUUUCAGAUGAACAACGCUGACGUGGUCAUCACACACGGACCGCCGAAGGGCAUCAUGCAUUAUACGCACUCCGGCCAACGGGCCGGCUGCCCAUACCUUUUCAAAGCUGUCGCUCAAGCAAAACCCCUCAUGCAUUGUUUCGGUCAUAUCCAUGAAGGCUGGGGUGCAAAGCUAAUUAAAUGGCGUCAGAAGACCGCCAAAGAGCCUUCUCAUUUCACUGAUAUCGACAACGAGAAUUCUGUUGCCGUAUCCAGACUUUUAGUCCUCAAGAGAGAUUAUACGGGAUACGCUACUACAAGCCAUUGCUCCGGAGAUCAUCGCCCGCUAAAGCGGCGCUCGGAAACUCUGUUUAUCAACGCAUCAAUCGAAGGUUCCGUUGAACUUAGGACACAGCCACCGUGGGUUGUUAGUAUCGAGCUUGCAGCAGCAACCCGAGAAGCAAUGCCUUCUAGCCUGAUUUAA